AUGGGCAGAAAGAAGAAAUUCAUCGACAAGAAAAAGUCGGCGACCUUCCAAUUACUCGCCCGAGACUCGUCCGAUCCCAACUACGAUGACUCGCCCGGCAGCGACCGAGUCUUUAUCCGAGUUGACAACAGCAGCUACCCCGUUGAUGCCUUAUUCCCUGAAGAUAAUCCUCACGACGCCUCCGGUGCCGGCGGAUACGACGACGAUCCCAAUUCGAUAUUCGCUGAUGCACCUGAGGAUGACGGCGGUGGGCAGGACUAUGGUCAAGUUUCCGGGUACUCGGCGGCUCCAUCAGCACCUCAGCCAUUGCCGGACCACGUUAGGAGGGAGAUUCUGGAGCUAGGGUUUCCUGACGACGGUUACAACUACUUGCUACAUAUGAGAGAGAUUAGGAGUACUUCUACAGUUUAUCACAAUUCCAAGGCUAAGCUCGAUCAGCUUCCUCAUGAUGUAAAGGCAUAUGAUGCUUCAAGAGUGCGCAUUUCUGAAAAUGAGGCUCCGAAUGAGAAGGUGAUUUACAGUGUGGCUUCUAAGACGGUUAAUGUAAGGGUUCAGAAAGCGGCUGAUCCAGAAGUAUCUGCAUUGCUUGAUGAUAGUGAUCUUUCACGGUUUGGUUCUGAUAUUGAGGACUUGGAAGAAGAUUUCGUUGUUCAGGCUAACCUUGCCGCAGAAAAGGAGGGGGAGGAGGAGGAGGAGGACGUGUGUGUAGAUAAUGGGCCAAAUAUUGUUGAGCAAUCUGAGAACAAAAAUGUGAGAAAUGAAACAAACGGAGUUGGAACAAAUAGCGUUGAGGGAGCAAAGGAUAACUCUGUGGCUGAAAAGCCACGAGUUCAUCGCCUCUUGGACGAGCAAUUUGAUUUACUUGUGAGUCAGGAAUAUGCCAGUGAUGACGAAAAUGAUGAUGAUUAUGGCUAUGUAGCCGAAGAAGAUGAGACCCUUGCAGAGAAGCUCAAACAUGCCACCCUGAAUGGCCAUGCGAGGGAUGACUUAGAAUUGGACGGCGGUUAUAAGGCCCCUGCAGAUUUGCUGCGUGAUAAUGAGACAGUAAAAACGAAAGAGCUAGUGGACUCUGCUAGUGAGGUUAUUCGGCGCUGUGCCGAGUAUGCUGAGAAAUAUGAGAAUGAAGAUAAAGAUGCAGACUUGGUCAUUGUGGAGGAAUCUAGUGAUGAAUCAGAAGUGUGGGACUGCGAGACCAUUGUUUCUACAUAUUCAAAUCUUGAUAAUCACCCUGGGAAAAUCGAAGCUCCAGGAGUAGCUAGAAGGAAGAAGCUUUCUGAAACUGUUUCUGGAGCCUUGGGUUCUGCCAAUCAUGUGAUAACCCUUCGAGGGAAAGAGAGACUGCCUGUGGACUUCUUGCCUCGUAGUAAAAAACCUGCUACAGAGAAGGUGAAAGAUGUAGGUGCCUUGAAAACUGAGCAGCAUAAAAGGAAGCAACAUGGUAUGGAGUCAAAGGAGGAGAAGAAAGAGCGAAAGGCUGCUGUCAAGGAGGAAAGGCGUGAAGCACGCCGUACCAAGAAAGAAAUAAAGGAACUUUACAAGGGUGAAGCACAGCAUGCUCAGAGAGUAGCUGCUAUAUCUGGCCCUUCUUCUAUUCAUCUUAUGUGA